UGUAAACAACUAUGACGUCACAGAUGGCCCACCACCUGACGAAGGGGUCGACUCACUCCCUCAUUUACCUCGUUUUAUGGCUCAUUAUCUCACUUGUUUGAUUCCUGAGAGAAGAAGAGGAUGGGAGAACAUGUGAGUGACCGUGUAGUAUGAGAGAAGAGUUAAAUAGCGAAGAGGAGAGUUAAAUAUAGUUGAGGGAGGGGAGGGAAAGGCUCUCACACUCAACAUUGAGAGUUAUUUUGGGUCUCAGUUGGUCCCUGAGAGUUGGCAGGGUGAGGCACUGCUGCUCUCUCUCCUUCUACCUCUACCACCACAAUGGACGACAAUAUGGAAGACGAGAUCAUCUACGAGCUGUUCACUACCCACGCCCACAUCACACUACGUUACCUUAGGGUCACCACAACGAGGUUGGUAGAGCUUAUAGUACCUGGCCCGGGGGAGAGUUUCAAGACCAAGAUGUUCCAGCCGGGUCCCUUCAUGUUCCUCGUGUUCCUGGUGAUCGUGGCCAGCGUCGUCCUCCAGAGCAGCAGUCAUUUCGUGCGGCAGUGGAUGGUCAAGGCCCACUACGUCCUCGGCCUGAACUCCGUCACCGAGACGACCUUCAAGACCAUUGGCAGUUUGGAUCUCGUGUCGAGUUCUCUGGGAAGUGAUAAUGUGUCGUGGGAAUUGAAAGACGGGAUCGUGGGGCUGUACGGCAUGCAGGGGCGCCGGGGCAACAUGGAGGAUCGUUACAGCAUAAUUCAAGACGUUGACGUCGGAGAGAAGAGAAUGUCCUUCUUCGGGGUGUUUGACGGUCACGGAGGUCAGUACACUGCUGAAUACGUCAAGGACAAUCUCUUCCGUAACACAAUAGAGAAAAUCAAACAGCUUCGGAGUCAAAUUUCACCUUCAAAACAAGAGGAAAAAGUUAAGAAUGGUAAUAAUAAUAAUGUAACCCGGAACAAUAGUAAGAACAGCGGCGGUGCCGGAAAAAAGACAGAAAAGCGUAUUACAUCAAAUAACUCGGAUAAAACAACAAACUGUGGAGUUAGUGUAGAGAAGCAAGGGUCAAUGAGUGAGGAGAAGGUGGUGAACGACCCACAGAGUGUUAACAGUACCAAGGCCAAUGGGUCUGAGCCUCAACAAGAGAAAGCAAGCAAGGAAAAAGAUGUGCUGGAGAACGGUGUCGUGGAGUCCGGGACAACUGAAAAUUCCAAAUCUAAUAAGGAAGAUUCUUCCGAGGCUUCGCAGAAAGGCAGCGGCAUCGAAAAUAUCCAAGAUGAUAACUCGUGCUCGGCAUCUGAAGUGCCGAUGAAAAAAGACGACACGUAUAGCAACGUAAAUAUAAAACGCAACUCCAUCUCCAACAACGGCGCCACAAACUCCGCCAAGGAGAAGAAGGAGGAGACCAAGACGAGCCACGAGCCAGGAUACAUCGACUCUUACAAGAACAUUAACUAUACUCGCCUCCUGACUGACCAGAUCAUUGCUGUUGACAAGCAGGUGGUGGAUCAGUGCAAGAGCCGGACGGAUAUGUCUGGAACAACAGCAGUGAUCGCUGUGUUAGACGGUGAGCUGCUCAUCAUUGGUAACGUGGGAGACUCGCGGGCUGUGAUGGGCGACCUUAAGGGAUCAACUAUUCCACUUUCAUUUGAUCAUAAACCAAACCAGCUUAAAGAACGUCGGAGAAUUAAGGAGGCUGGAGGGUUCAUCACAUUCACCGGUGUGUGGAGAGUGGCAGGAAUACUGGCCACCUCACGGGCACUCGGGGACUUCCCUUUAAAGGAGCCCCGUAAAUUGAUCACUGCUGAGCCAGACGUUCUGACCUUCAGUCUGCGGGACCACAAGGCACACUUUGUUAUUCUGGCCACAGACGGGCUCUGGGACGUACUAUCGAACGAAGAAGCCGUAGCAUUUGUCCGCGAACAUAUUCACGAACCUGACUUUGGGGCCAAGUCCCUCACACUUCAUGCCUACUAUCGUGGGUCUCAAGAUAACAUUACUGUAGCAAUUCUUAAUAUAGACAAAUUGUCUCUGUAAAAAUGUAUUUAUUAUAUACAACACAAAAACUUGUGUUAUCAGGGAAAUUUCUAAUGACUCCAGUGUGAGGGAUGACCCAUCUAUAUCAGUACAGUAGGUCUUAUAAGUACACUUUUGUAUCCUAUGAUAAUUGGUCACAUUACUCAUUAAUGAAUGUACCUACAUGUACUGUAAAUUAUUAAGCUUACUGAAUCAUAAACUACUACAGUACUACAAAUUUCAGGAAUAUUUAUUCAGAAUACAGUACUGUACUAUGAAUAAGAAUUCACUUUAAUUUGCUUUUGGGUGAUGCCUUACCAUGACAUAUUCUGGUUAUAUCAAAGUCUCUUACUUGCUGUAAAUUCAAUGAAAAUGUGUAAAAAUUCAGAUCCACUAUUAUCAUAAUCAUGCACAUUUAAACUUCACUGACAUUGUACAUAAAUUAUUUCAUUUUACCAUUAUUGCUCCAGUGAUAGUGUUGAAACACACACACACACACACACACACACACACACACACACACUAACUAUAUGGUAAACCAGUUGUUAGUACAGUAAAUGUCUGUUAUUAUAGUGAUGACUCAGUGGUGGGCAGAGCAUUAGGAACUGUUCUUAAUAAUUGGUUACACUAGUCAAAAGGCAUUUCAUUUAGCUUCUCAGCUUGAGGACAUAAGUGUUAUAAACUUAUUUGACACACAAUGUAAAUAAUAAAUACUGAAUGUGUUUAUAUAAAUGGGCUUUGGUAGUCUUAGUGUUUAUCUUAUGUGUGAAAGUUCAUCUUUUGAUUACUAGUAAUACACUAACGUCUUUGUGUUCCAAACCGUUUUAGUAAUAUUCGAUUCAUUUCCCAAAAAAUACAUUUAUAGAAGAAAUUAGUAAUGUUCCAGUGAUUACCAGAGAAUAUCUUUGUGUGCUGUAUUGUUUGAAAAUUUGGUUACUAAACAACUAUAAAAUACUGAGCAAAAUCUGUCCAUGUAACCGUUGGUGGUAGGAGCUCCGUCCUCUAGGCUUGUGUUCAGAGCACCUGAGAGAAGCCGCAAGUUCUGAAUAAUUGUACCUGGUAAAGUGUUGUUAGCUUUCUUAGAUAUUUGGGCCCAAGUAAAUGCCAAGAUUCAGUUCAUUUAUUAUGAAUUUUUGGUGAUGAUCAGUACCAGAUUUUGAUCUCAGUCUCUCCCUAAACGUGCCCAAGUUGACGUUAUCAGAAAAUAGUGUAUUGGCAGUUUUUUUUUCGUUUUUUUUUUUUUUUACAUUAACUGACAUUCAAAUUACAAUAGAGCAAUAUCUGUAUGUAUGGAACAUAUACAAUUAGUAGUACAGUAAUAUAUAUUAGAAGCUUAAAUUAGCCCUCCAAUCAUGAGGGCUUUUGUUCUAUUAAUACUGCUUCCCUUCUUACCCACAGUGGCUCAUUGAAUGUCCUCUCGAUACAAAUCAUUUGAAUAUUACAGUACACUUUCUCAAUUACUUGCACGGCCCUCCCAUCCACCUUACAUAUUCUCAGAUCCUGUUUUGAGGAUAUUUCCUUGGUUUAUUUAGACCCUUUAUGUACUGUUAUUAAGACCCUUUAUGUACUGUUAUUAAGACCUUGGAUAUAAUAUUAUUAAGACCCUUUAUGCACUAUUUUUUUAUUAUAAAUUUUGGCAUAAGUGAUGUUCAUUGUUUUGUGAUAUAUAUUUAAUCGUCAAGUACUGAAGAGAUACCAAAAUCUGAGUGACAAUGUUGUUUAACUAAAUUAUAAGUUUCUGUUUAGUUAGGGACGUCAACCCUGUGUACAUUGAUGGCAGGCUACACCUGUAUUAGGUAUAUAUCAUCCUGCAGGUGACCAACAGUAUCAUCAAAUUUAAUCCAUUUUAUUCCACUGUGUCAAGGAGGAGUUUAUUUAUUUCUCUAAGAUUGUAUUAUUAUGUAUUAAUUUUUACCUGUGGUGUGUAGAUGAAGGAGUUAGACCCUGUUAUUGUGCGGCAAGAGUAAUACCAUUUGCUUGUACUGUACUAGUGAUAUGCAACAUAGAAUCACAACUCUUAAAUGUGCAAUAAAUUUUCCAGUGAUGAGCAUACAAGUAUGUGUAAUGAGGUGAUGGACCCACGUGUAUGAGCCAACCACAGUGAGACUUUAUUGAUGUGGCACAGUCGUAUUAAAGACGUCAUCCUUGUUGUUGGUUAAUCCUACCGACGGUGACUCUCCACACGAUAAAAAGCUUAUGUUGUAAAGGAUUUUCAGAAACCUAAUAAUUAUUAAUGAAAUGAGAUUUAGGUCUUGCUAUUAACAAAUGUUGGGUUUCAAAGUAUUGAUGACAUGUUUUUUGAGUUAUGAAGAGUUGUGGUUAGACUGUUACCCAAUACAAUUAAGUUUUUAAUAAUAUGGUUGUUACAGUAUAUUGUAUAGCAAAUAAUGAGAAUAAUAUGCUCAGGAUUAAUAUCACCUAUAUAUUAUGGUCACAUUAAUGUUGAAUAGAUGACUGUGAGUACUGUAUAAGUUUUACUUUGAUGUAUUCUGUUGUUGUGUACAAGUAUAUCCUGUUGUGUAGAUCAUUUGGCUGAUGGUAAGUCAUGCGAAUUGAUGUUGGCAUCCAGAAAAUGCUCCUUACCUGCCUCUCUCUGGUCAGUGUGGCAGUUGUGUUCAGUGAGCCAUCGGUACAAUAAAGAAGCACCACAGUAAAUAUUUGUAAAAUGAAUUAUAUAAAUUAUGGAAGCCUAUAGUUAAAGAAUUUGUAUAAAAUAGCAACAUAUGAAAGAAACCAACAGUAUUAACUGUUUUUGGUGGAUACUUUCCAUAACCAUCGAGACUUAGAUGUGAGAUCGGGUGUGAACCCAACCUGCUGGCCGUGUGAAAGCGCUGACCAAGGUAACCUGCCAACUGUCUUACUGAGAGAGGGCUCAAACAGGUGGUAAGUGCUGGAAACAUUUACUUCUUGUAUUUAAUGUUAUAGAUUGUGACUUACAUAGUUAGAUUAUCAUCAUCAGUCACUUUGUCUAAGUUGAAUGCUCAACACUUGCUAAUACUGUAACUUGGUUUUGUUAAUGUCAGUGAUGAGUAUGGAAGCUAAUUUCUCUCCAGUAUUGUCCAGAAGGUUCACCAACAUCCUGGUGACAAAUAAGAUACAGGUAUGUGUUAUAUUUUUUUGACUACUGUAAUAUACAUCUUAAUUUUCUCAAAGUACAGUAUUGAAAGUGUAGUUAAAAGCCAUUUUGUUUAUUGGGCACAUCUGAAGUAAACAGUAAAGUAUGAUGUACUGCUUCCUGGAGUCAGUGAUCACCUUUACUUUAUGGAACAACAGAAAUUGGUUGUCCUGUGUCAUCAGCUACACUCUUGUGGUUGACAGUUCCACAACAUGUUUGUUUUAAAGUGCUGUACUGUACUGUAGUACUUUACUUUACUUGUAAAAACUUUAAAUAAUAAAUCUACUAAUGUAUUUGUUAACACGGUAAAGGGUGUUAGGUAAAACAAUAUUAAGUGCUGAAAUUGAAAGUUAAAAUCUCAUGGAAUUUGUUUAGUAGAGGAAAUGGAGUCAGUUGUGCCUCUUUUAGCACAGCACAGACUAUACUAUAGGGAAAGUGUGUUAAUGAGGUCAUAAUUUAAUUUAGUUAGUUAUGCCACUGUGAUUAGCUGUGCCAAUAUGUGACUCUUCAACUUUAGUAGCAAUAUGUAUGUUUUAUGAUAGAGGAUACAAAGGAAUAUUGAAAUUUAUACUUAUUAUAUUCAAUUUUGAUUAAUUUUCUGUGAUAAUGUUUUGACAUUUGUCAACAAUAUAUUAUGAGGAUGGUUGGAUGAAUAUCAUGUGCUCUCCAUUUGACAAAACAUAAAAGGAGUUUCUUUUAUCAUUUACAAACAGUGUACACAGUAAACCCUUGAUUUCCUUGUGUUGCUGGAGGACGCUGCAGUUAAUGAAAUCACAGAAGUCAACUGAUAAGAAAUAUGGUCCCCAAGUAUCAUUCUUGCACCCUCUAUAUUUAACUAUAAUGAAUCCUAACUACCCCGUUGUAGUAACAGUGUACAGCCACUAUAGGAAUAUAAAACUGUACACAAUAAUACACGGAGGAUGUUGGACAACUCGCCCAACCUUCAACACUCCUUCAUUUUAUCUGAGGUAGCUUUAGGAGGCAUCUGAAAGGAACUUUGAUGUUCAAUAAUUACUCUCUUAUGUUUCUGCCGGGGGAUGGUCUUUUUCUGUAAUCUAUAUAUUCUAAUACUGUAGCAAGGUACGUCAAUAUUUCCCUGAUUAUCUGGUACAAAGAAUUUUUCCAUGGAAAUUAAUUUUCCAUUUGUGAAUUAUGUUUUUUUACCAUCACUGGAACAAUGAAGCGGCAAUGUGUACAGGAAUUACUUACUGUAACAGUGAAAAUUACUGCCUCCGAGUAAGUCAAACUCAUGAAGUUGAAGACUACGGAAACUAAGGAUUUACUGUCUCUUCAACACAAAUAUGUGUGUGUACAAUAAUCAAAAUUAGAUUUUAAAUGUUACAGCUUUUGCUCCCAUAGAUCAAUGCAACAGACUUUUUUCAGUAACAUCUUAAACCUUCUGAUUCAGGUACAGAACUGUACCAGUGUUUCACACGUGUAGCUCAGGUGUGUGACUUAGCCAGUUCCUUCUUUAUCUCUGCUCAUAAACUCAUAAUUCUACCUAAACAAAAUGAUUUUAUCUGUCACAUUACUUUUAAUAUUUUUAUAAACUUGCCUUAUCAAUAGACAAAGGUCUGUUUUAUAACAGAAAAGAAGAAGUGUGUGUGAGAGCAACAAGGGAUGUAAUGUACAGUAAUUCAUUCAUUUCAUCUUGAUCAUGGCUGCACUAUUAUUUUCUGUCUACUCUUUCAUGUUCAUAUUGCAAAUGUUCCUGAUCUUGUUGACAAAUACUUCAGCAAGAAUCAUUAUAGCAUUGCAGUAACAACAUUCAAACAUUUACAGUAAGUUGUACCAGUUGUCUCUCUCAAAAGAAGUUGUACCAGUUCUUUCUCUAAAAAUGUUGUACCAAUUGUCUCUGUGUUAAAAAAGUUGUACAAUUUCUCUCUAAAAACUUUGUACCAGUUGUCUCUCUCUGUAAUGUAAAAAAAUCAUCUCUUGGCUCUUUAACAUGAAAAGACAUUGACUGUAAAAAGGAAAUUGUGUUUUUAUUUAUAUGUCAAAAUAAAAAAAGGAAUAAGAGUGGGAGUUGUACUGUACGUGUAAAUGGUGUAUUGUACCUGAUGGUCGUUCAACAUCAAACAACUUGUUGGCUCACGCUGUCAUUCCCAUAUUCUCUUGCACUUCACUCAGUUGCAAGUCAUUGUAGCUUAAUAUGUACAAUGACUUCAUCUUUCAUUGCAUCAUUCCUAGGUGUAGACAUUUUGUUUGGGUUUUCAAUGUUAGUUAAUGUAGAAAUGGUUUAUAUAGGGUAUUUCAUUUCUUAUUUUUUUCAUAUGUUUUAUGGAAAUUAAAGUAUAUGUAUCAA